AAAAAAAAAAAAAAAAAAAAAAACUGACAUGCAAAUCAUUAUACUAUGCUUUUCUUUAACAGAUCUCAUUCUAUACAUACAUAUAUACAUAUCUAUUAUUUGAAAUAAAAUGGCUAUUAUAAAGAAAACAAAGAAUUAUAGAAAGAAAAAUAUUGAUUCUGAUGAUGAAGCAGAAAAUCUGACUGAGCCUAUACAAGAAAUUAGCGAAACACUUGAAGAACUGGCAGAAUUGCGAAAAAUGCGUCGUAAACAUACUGGUAUCGAUGCAGAAAAACUAUUAAAAGGAGCAGAACAGAAAAAGAAGAAAAGAAAGACAGAGACUGCAAAUGGUUGGAAUUUAAAAACUGGAGGUUUAGUAGAUUCAGAUGCAUAUAGAGCCAAGUUAGAUGAAGAAGGAUCGAGUGCAACCAAAAAAUUAAAACUAGAUGCCUUUGCUUCAGCCACAAAUACUUUAGAUGUUGAUAAGCACAUGAUGGAAUACAUUGAAAAUGAAAUGAGGAAAAGAAGAGGUGGAAAGGGAGUUAAUGAUGAAGAUGAAGACGGUGAUGAAGAUGGAGAUAAAGGAUUUGUUGAUAUUUAUGAAGAGUUAUACCAUAUCCCUGACAGAUUAAAAACUGAAAAGAAAGAAGAAGAAGGCAACGUUCAACUAUCAACACAAAUGCUUACAGCUAUUCCUGAAGUUGAUCUUGGCAUUGAUACACGUUUAAAGAAUAUUGAAGAAACUGAAAAAGCAAAGCGAAGAUUGAUUGAGGAGAGUCAACGAGAAAACGAGACAGAAAAUAAAUUGUAUCAAGAUAAUAUACCUGCUAAUUUCGAAAAGCAGUCUGUAAAUAAGUUUAGGCCACGACUAGAUCAAAAUUUGAAAGCAACUGAUGAACAAGCAGUCGCAAGAUUUAAACGUAGAAUGAGAAAAUAAUAAAGAUAAGAGACUGGUCCAGACUAAUAAGAUGGAGUCUUUUAUUAUUAUUAUUAUUGUUUACUAAAUGAAGUUAUAAAAUUGUUUAUUUUAACAAGUACUAGAUAGAAAAGUCUU